UCUGCAGUUGUUCUCACCGUGUCUAUCUAGGUGUGGACAGCAACAGGAUGUGGAUUGUUAAAUUGCGUGUGACACUCGCGCCACCUUGUCUGCUUGUGGUGGAGUGUCUUUGAGAGUGCGGGUCUUGGAUCUGGGUGGUAGGUUGCACCUGAAAACGUGAGAUCCAUGUCCAACGGAGGGUCGCCGAGUGGAUGGGGGUUAAGGGAUAGUGAUUAAUGAGUGAGGAUUAAUGAUUUUAAUGAUGAAUGAUGGAAAUGGUAAGAAAUCAUAUUGCCAAAUGUGGCCAACUGAAGAUGGGAUUAAUGUGGGCAUAAUAUUUUGGCAAGAAAUCGUUUAAUAUGGUAAGACACAUCAUAAUUGUUUGAUAUUGAAAAAGAAACAACUGAACAUUAACUAGGAUUAUAUUGGCCUUAUAGAGACUGAAACUGUUAUGUUGGACAUAUUCCUGGAACGAAAAUUACAUUGGAUGAUCAAAAAUAACAUAACACGGUGAAAAAAUGAAAACUACUGACGUCCUCCGUGGUUUAUUUACACUAAUUAAAUAAAAUGUAGUAUUUCAAGAAGAUUCAUUUAUGAGUAUUUAUUUUUACCACGAGCGUUUAGGAUCAGUUAAAUUGGUGAGAUUUUUUCCCCUUAUUUGUUGCCGUUAAUUUCUAUUAAUAGUGAUGGGGGUUUAAGAUUAGAGAAACUUAUAGAGUUCAAACUCAAAUUUAGAGGAUCCGGACGUGGCUGGUAAGUAGGUACUUGAUUCCAAGUUGGCACUCUUAUAGUCUUAUGUGGAAGUUCUCGAACAUCAAAUUUGCGUAUCACAUCUGUUUUUUUCCCUAAAUUUUCUGUAUGUAAUUUGAGGACAACGUGGAACCCACACCAAAAAUUAUGGGGCUGUUUAUUUUUUAUUUUUAAUAUCAAAGUAUUCUUAUUUAUUUAAAAUAAAAUUUGGGUUUCUAAAAAUCUAGAGAUCCUGAUUUUCUCCUAUGACUGGGUCUCCUGGCUUUUCUCCUUCCCACCCACCAACUCCAAAAAAAACCAAAUGGAAAUUAAGUUGACAAUAGAGGAAAAAAGAGAAUUAGGGGGUAAAAAAUAAAGUUAAUAUUACUACAUUACACUACAAUAAUUAAUUUAUAUUAAAUAGAAAAUCCCCCAAGUAAAAACCUUUUUGGGCAAAAAUCUUGGAAUUAUUAUAUUUUUAUUUAUUAUUUCAAAUCCUUAGUUGGCUCCCACCUUUUCCCUUCCGUUAUUAUUUUCCAUCUCUUGCAUUGCAAUAUUUUGUUGCAUAUCUUCAACAAACAAUAAAAAGCUGAUCAAAUUAGGAGAAAAUCAAAGGAAUUAAAGUUGACAUUUUUCCUUUUUGUUAUUUUUUUGGUAUUUUUGAGAUGAGAUGACAGAUAUAAUUACAUAAGAUGAACAUCCCUACUUUGUAAGGGAGGGUUGUCUUCUUCUCAUCCUUUUCUUUUCUUUUCAUUUCAUUUCAUAUCAUUUCAUUCACGGUUUUACAUACAUAAUUACAUGCAUGGAUGCUGGAAAUUCUUCCUGUAGUAGGGUGGAAUAGAUGGGGUUGUUUGAUUCGGAAAGGCGUCGAAAAUAGGUGGUCGUUACAUGUUGUUUGACAACAAAACCCAAGAAGAAAACAUGAGCAAUGCUUCAUCACCAGAUCAAAAGAAAUCAGGAUGUGGUCUGUUUGGGGCUGUUUUUGGAGGAGGGAAAAAGUUUUGGCCUAGAAGAACCACAUCGACAGGCUCUCUUCCUAGCCAUAGCCAAAAUGAUAGCCUCAUUGACGUCGACAGCCCCAAAAGAAUUCCUAGUGUUGGCCACAAUUCCAAGAAGAGACGAGGCAGUUUUGAUGACCUCGAUGCUGUUAACUGUGUGACGUCCCCUCAACCUUCCUCCACCCGCCCUGGCCCUAAACCUCACCAGAAAGUCCCUCCUAUUCGACAACAACAACAACAACAACAUGGUAGAAGACCAGCACCAGCACCAGUACAAAAUCAGAAUCAGAAUCAGAAUCAAAGUAAUGGUAAUAAUAAUAAUACAAGGAAGAUUUCUCCAAAGGAAUCGAUGGGAAUAUCAGGUGAAUUAGAGAUGAUGAUAGCCGAGCACCAAAGGGGCCGAGGAGGGAUUAAUCUUCUUCGAGUUUCAUCAGGCAAUGUGAUGGUCCAUAGUAGUUUGGGUAACUUGAGGCAGCCUGGUGGAACCACUUAUACAUAUACAAAACCAGCCUCCAAUGGCAAGCCAGAAGAAUACCAAACUCCUCCACCUCCUAAUAAUAAUAACAAUAAUAAUAACUUUUCAUCAAAAUAUUCAAAUAGUGUAAUGGGAAACAUUGUGAACAAGAAACAGAUAGAAAAUGCAGGGACUGUAACAGGUGGUGCGACUUCGUUAUGCAGAGCAUUGUCUUGUAGGAUGGACCCUGAGGAGUUGAAGAUAUUGGGGAAUGAAGAUUACAAGAAUGGCAACUUUGCUGAAGCCUUGGCUUUAUAUGAAAGAGCUAUUGAUUUAGACCCGUCUAAGGCUUCCUACCGGAGUAAUAAGAGUGCUGCAUUGACAGCACUUGGUCGACUUUUAGAGGCUGUUUUUGAGUGCAAAGAAGCCAUUGGUAUUGAACCUCAUUACCACAGGGCUCACCAUCGUUUGGCUAAUCUUUAUCUAAGAUUAGGAGAAGCAGAAAAGGCUAUGACUCACUUCAAACAAGCAGGACCAGAUGCUGAUCCAGAUACAAUCAGUAAAGCAAAGGCUAUUCUAGCACACCUGAAGAAGUGCGAGGAUGCUAAGAGGUUGAAGGAUUGGCACACCGUUCUUAGAGAAUCUGCUAAUGCCAUAGCUGCCGGAGCAGAUUCUGCACCUAUGAUAUUCGCAUUGCAAGCUGAGGCAUAUUUAAAGCUCCAUCGGCCUCAAGAUGCUGUAACAACAUUGGAAAACGGUCCAAAAUUAGAUGUGGAUCAAUGUACCAGGUUCUUUGGCCCUGCAGGGAAUGCUAUGUUGUUAGUGAUCAGGGCUCAAGUUGACAUGGCUGCCGGAAGGUUUGAUGCUGCAACAGAAGCAAUCCAACAUGCAGGUAGAUUAAACCCAUCUAACAGAGAGGUGGGCAUAGUAACACGAAGGGCCCGAGCUGUGUCGACUGCUCGAGCUCAUGGGAACGACAUGUUCAAAGACGGCAGAUUCUCAGAAGCUUGUACUGCUUAUAGCCAAGGGCUUGAGCAUGAUCCAUACAAUUCGGUAUUGCUUUGCAACCGAGCUGCUUGUCGUACCAAACUCAGGCAGUUUGAGAAAGCAGUUGAGGACUGUACUGCUGCACUUAACGCACGUCCCUCUUAUACUAAGGCUAGACUUAGAAGAGCCGACUGCUGUGUUAAGUUGCAAAAAUGGGAACCUGCUGCAAGAGAUUAUGAGAUACUAUUGCAAGAAUCACCGGGAGACGAGGACAUUAUGAAGGCGUUUUUUGAGGCAGAGACGCAGGUUAAGAAGCAGCGAGGAGAAGAUGUAUUAAACAUAAGAUUUGGGAAUGAUGGUCUUGUUAAAAUCCAAAGUGAAGAGAACUUCAGAAAUGUGAUAUCCUGGCCUGGUUUAUCAGUGGCAUUGUUCUGUAGUAAGCCAGGUGACAGACAAACACUGCAAUUCAUCGAACAACUCUGCAAGGGAUACCCAACCAUAAAAUUCCUCAAGGUUGAAGUUGAAGAUUAUCAGAGCUUGGUAAAAUCCGAGGGUGUUAGCUCAUUACCAACCUUCAGGAUAUACAGAAGUGGUUCGAUGGUUAAAGAACUUGGCGGAGAAGAUCAUGAAUCCUUAGAGAGUUCAGUGAGAGAGUAUACAAGCUAGCAAGCGUACAUGAGAAAACACCAUUGUAGAGAAAGUUUGUCAUUCUUUCAUUUAAUUGUUAAAUUUCUAUUUUUUCUGGCAAUACCUUAGAGUGCAUGGUUGGAGUGGCAAGAAAAGUAAAGUUUCUUAGAACACAGCUUUCCAUGACUAGGAUUACAUGUUUGACAGGAAAAAAAAAUCUGGGAAUUCUUCAUUUUAUUUUCUUCUGCUGGUAUGAUUUUCAGAGUGUAUAAAGCUGAAAGAAGGGCAUUGUGAAUCA